AUGUUUAAUGUUGAAGUACUCGCAGACCGCACCGCUAUGGCAACUCUAGAGAGGCGUCGCAACAAAGAAACUGAGAGACAACAGAGGAUUUUUAACGCUAAAGUGAGGACCAUUGGGGUUGACAAGGAAGCCCUUGACAUGCAGGUGAAAGACAAAAAGAAACAAGAAGAUGCAGCGAAAGAGAAACAGAGUACUUACGAUGCUGACAUGCUUCAAAACUGCAAAGUAGCCGGCCUUCUCUAUAGCCAACAACAGAAGGAAAAACGUGCAAUGGAAAAGGAUAUUGUCAACUACCGCAAUCAGUACCAGCAACCUUGGUGCCAGCGGAAGUAUGACCUGAAUGACCCACACCGCUGCAGGAAAACAGACCAAAGUGAUGCCCAGAUGAUGCUCCCUGGCCUGGUAGGCGAGGACCCAGACAGCAGGAGCAGACAGCAGAGACAGAGGGAACAGUUUAGGGGUUGGCUCAUCCAGCAGCAGACAGAGAGAGCGGUAGAAACACAUGAAAAGAGGCUGGAAAAGCAGCGCUAUGACCAAAGCAGAGUAGACAUGGAUAACACAGCUCUGCAGCUUCAGAACAUGGAGAUGGAGAGUAGAAAAGCAGCCAUAGUUGCUACUAAAGAGUGCAAUCUGGCCAUGACUAAAGAGAAGCGUCGCAAGGAACAGGAGUGUAAAGACAAGGAUUAUCAAGCAGCCACAAUGAACCACCUGCAAGAACAGCUGAUUGGUGUAGAUGCCGAACCCUCCCUGGGCAUGGUAGGAGCGCCAGGUCUUUGCCCCAGCAGUGACAGUAGAGCACCUGCUGAGAGCCUGCCGCAAAUCAUCCAGUUCCAGAAACAUCAAAUAGAGGAGAAAAAGAGAACAGAAUUAGAGAAGAAGAAAGAAGAGGAGCAGUUAGAUCGUGUCCGCUUGGACUCGGCUCGCACAGCUCUGCUACUUGAGAGGCAGCAGGCAAGACUGAACAAGCUGCUGAGACGACACCAGGACAACACCAACAUCAGACUGGCUGAAUCACAGAGACAACAGAAGCCGGACAUUGAAAGGGGGUGCAUUGAUGACAGCUUCUUCGACCAAUUCAACACCACCAGCAGAUGA